AUGGCCUCCCCUUCUCUGCGGCCCCUUCUCAGGCGAGCCCCCGCCAUCCCCUCCCUCGCCCGCGCCGCCUCAUCCCAGCCCCCAAAAGCCAAACCGGCCCCCAACGACGAAUGGACCCUUCCCCUCAUCCACCUCGGCCCUACCCACCCCUCUCGCUAUGGCCAGCACUACAACAAAACCCUCUCCUCCGACCUCAUGUACAUGACCUACUCCCACAGACUCUCCCAGAAACCUGAAGCGCCCCCUGCCAUCGAGAGACCCCCCACACCGUACGAGGCCAACCGGCCCAAACCCCCGAUCAUGAGGGGUAACCGUGCCGUCCGCACAAAGACGACAGAGGUCGGACCAGAGACUGUCCCGAAAGUAGAAUCCAUCAUUAUCCAUACAAUGGUCAAGGAGGCUGUUGGGAACAAGAACACCCUCUUGUCCGCCGUCGCUGCCCUCAGAGCCAUCUCUGGUGAAACAGCAAACGGCGGUGGGCGGAAAGGCUCCUCUGGCGUGCAGGUCAUUGCCGCAAAAAAGUCUGCCGCCGCUUGGAAGCUCCGUUCGGGCAUGCCAGUCGCUGUCAAGGUCGAGCUCAAGGGCGAGGCCAUGUACGAUUUCCUCCAAUCCCUCGUCGACUUUGUCCUCCCCCGCCUGCGAGACUUUUCUGGAGUCCCUCUCCCUCCCGCCUCUACCCCUAAAAACUCGCCGGCAAGUCUGGCAGGGGUGGUCAGCUUUGGUUUCGGACACACCGCCAUGAGCUUUUUCCCCCAAAUCGAGGCCAACACCGAUGCCUACCCCAGGCUGCAUGGUUUCCACGUCUUUUUCAAGACCAACCUGACGGGAGACAAUGCGCAUGAGAAUGCGAGGGCGUUGGUCAGCGGUUUCAGAAUACCAUUCCACAGGAGAUAG